AUGGCUCCCAUUUUUGAUCGUAUACAAGUGGCAAAACUACGCAUACAUAAGAGUGAAACGGUCACUUCAACAUUGGACACCGAGAUGCCAGCCGGAAAAUUGUUUGAGAAGCUUACGAAGAAGAAAAAAGAAAGAUCAUUAUUUUUUUAGUUGCUCGAAACUGUCAGAUGCUACCCGGGAAAAAAUUCGCAGAUGGGCGGAAACUUACACGGGUUGCACCAUGAGACAACCUCGACAGACGGAUGACUCCGUUUUUGAUGAUUUGUCGAUGGCGCCUGCGGAAGAAGCCGUUUGCAGCACUCAGACGGCCUUCUGCAACAAGCUGGAGCUCACUGAAACGUCUUCUUCUUCUUUUUGCGGAGCAAACGUUAGUUUUUGAAAGUGAAAAUGGCUGAAAAUCGGGCUGUUAAACUGAUAAAGUUUGACUUUGCCUGUUAGUCGAGUUGAACCGCUUCGAAAAUCUCAGAAGUCCAAGUUUUUUAUCCAUAGUAUUUCUAUAUUGUUUAAACAUACAGUACUGCAUUUUUUUGACUGUAAAUCGUAUGUUUGCCUCUAUAUAUUUUGUCAAGAUCAACAUGACUUUUUUUCUUGCAGAUUUCCUUAAAAAGUAGUUAAAAAAAGAAUCCUGUUUACUCGUUUCCAUCAUUAUUUAUUAAAAAAACCAAAAAAACUGGUAGAAUUUAAAGAAUGAAAAAAAUAUCUAGAUUGAAUAUUUCCUUCGUGGCAGUGAUUAAACUCACCUUUUCUGAUUUUGAGUCCAAUGUUCAAAAAUGGUAUUUUUAAACUAUGGAGCUAUAGGAAAAACUUGUCCAGCUGUUUUUUUUUCAGGAGCCCGGAGACGUCUUCUUGCCUCCUUCUGUCUAUGGAUCAAACCCGAUGAUGAUCUACACGGGGAUCUUCGCCACUGUCACAAACACGACACGUCUUCUGGCCAAAAGCGAAUCUCUCCUGGGCCACAUCUUUGGCCAUUUCGACGACGUCUCUCCUGCAUCGGCGAUCCUUCAAACACUGCAUAACACCUUCUUAGAGCUGCAACAGGACGAACAGGAGUUGGUAAAACUCAUCGACGACUUGAAGGGAACUCUCGCUACUUUCUACGAGCAGGAGAGAACGAUUAGCGCCCUAGAAGACCAGAAAAGACGCGAAAAGCUCGCCAAAAGACUCAACAUUAUGCGGUUGGAAGGCGAGAAGUACGAGUUGAACCAGGAUUUGAUGGUACUUCGGUCGGAGCUGAAACUGCGGGCUGCUCAAAACAGGGAGCUCGAGGAGAAGCUGGACGCCUUGAACAGCCAGUUGAGGAGCUGCAACUCCAAGGAGUCCAGGGAAACGGCAAGCGAUGCGAGUUUUUUUGAAAAAUAUUUAAAGCGGAAAAUUUGGGACUGCCACUUUUCUGGAACUUGAAAAAAAUUGAUUUUUUGGUUUUACAUUAGUUGAAUUAUUUUCACGAUCGAAUUUCGAGAUUCAAGAUCUCAUAGACAGUAAAACGUCACGAAAUACGUUUUAAGAACAAAAAAUUUCCCCUUUUUUCCCCUUUGAUGAAAUUUGUUUUUUUUCAGGCGGUCCUUAAAACCAAUUCUGGAGCAUACGUGGAAAAGUACAAAAUCCGCCUGCCGUUAGUCCUGGGAGACGUGUUGAAUAACAGAAAUUUUAAAAUCUGAGGUGCUUGGUGAUUGUGGCUUGAUUUUGAACCGGGAAUCGUUCUUAUUGUGAAUAUUACUUUUCAGUUACAUUGAAGUGGUACCUCUAUUAUUAUUCUUUUUUUCUUUUUUUUCAUGUAUAUAUGGGAUCGCGAGAGAUUUUGAAGCUGCUUCUGGCCCAAACUUGACACUUUGAAAUGUAUUUAUUACAAAUUUUCUGAAAUUGUAUUGCCCAUGUUUCGUUCUUUGAUGUAUAAAUUUAUUUUCAAAGACUUUUGAAGAUUUUUUCUCUAUUUCUUGGAAUGAUUCCAUGUUCUUGUACAGUUCUUUUUGUACGUUUUUUUCUAUUCAUAAAUUUUCCAGGUCUUUAUUUCUUUAGAAAAAAACCUGAGAUGGAGUAGUUAAUGUUACAACUUUAUUUUUUUAAAAAUACUUGAAAAAGAAAAUGAAAAUGAAGGAAGGAAUGUGAAUAAAAAGAGUCUAUUUUUUUCGAAAAAGAUCUAUAGUCUGUUCAGAUUCUGAAUGUCAAGUAGAAUGACGUCAUUCGAAAACGCUCUGUGGAUGGCUCGCUCUCUGAUUGGUUUAUCGCACCAUUAUGGGCGGAGCUUGAGCGAUGACUUGACAUUCAAAAUCUGAACAGACUAUACGCGAGGUUGUGUUUCGAUUGAAUUUUUUGGCUAUGGAGAAUUGAAAAAAACUUUUUUUCUUCGAAAUCCCAGCUUCAUUUUCAACAGGAACGGGUUUGGAGAUCAGAUGCGACUGUAAAAUUUUUUUUCAAAUCGUUUCUUUUAUAGGAAAUGUUCCAUUUUUACGACAUUUCACUUUCAACCCUAUAUAACGAGCGCCUUAAAAAUUAGAAAGAAAGGCGUUUGUUCCUAUUUUGUUAACUUUCAUUUACAGAAAGCAAAUGUCUUUGAUCGAGAUCCGGCAGGAACCCAUCGAGGGAGGAAAUAUCUUGUUCACCUUGGAUUUUUAUACUUGUCUGAGUCGAGAACUUAUUUACAAGUUGGCACCGAGUAUUUUUGAUCCUUCACAGGUUUCCAGAAAGUUACUCUCUAAAUUCAAAAGGAAUUAAGCUAGUCUCCUGGAUUGGAAAGAUUCUAUCUCGUCCUGAAGACUAUUAAUAACGUCGAAUGGAAGUUUUUAUAUGUACAGCGGCUAAUUUCAAAAGUGGACUUGUAUCCGAAAGGGGGAAAAUCUUUUCUCUUCGAUACUUUCCAGGUUUUUCUUUUUUUGUAAAGUUUUUGUAUGAUAAUUCAGCCACAUAUCGUGAGAACUUACCUCAAGGAUCAACACUCGAGCGAAGGCGUUGGAGGAAUAUAUUGCAGGAGGUUUUGAGAGGAAAAUUUUGAUUGAAAGAAAUUUUUUCAGUGGCUCCUCCAUUCCGGAUAGUUCAAUGACAAUUGAAGAACAUAAAAAUAUGAAGUUAUUCGCCCAAUCGAUUUUGAAGGAUCAAAUCGCCAAUAAGAAUUGCAAGAUUGAGUACGACGAGAUUUUUAAGGUCUGCAUUUUUCCACAAAACAAGUAACGUUCGUAGAAAUAUUAAUUGUUUAUCAACAGCGGCUAAACUUGACGGCAAUUUUUUUUUUGUAUUAUGCGCGUAGAACCUCAUUCGGGUUGAGCCGCUCGGAUAAAACGGGUAAUAGGCGAGGCGAAAAAUUUGUUUCGAGUGAAGUUUCAAGAUUUAAAAAAUAAAAUUGAAAAUAUGUCGGUACCCGCCGGUCAAUCUGCGCAUCAUUAGAAAGUUAUUGAAAAAAGUUGGAACUGCCCUUUUGAAGCUUCAAAUUUGGGACUGCCAUUUCGGAGAUUCAGCUUUGGGACUGCCAUUUUGGAGAUUCAACUUUGGGACUGCCAUUUUAAAGCUUCAAAUUUGGGACUGCCAUUUUGGAAUUUCAACUUUGGGACUGCCAUUUUGGAGUUUCAAAUUUGGGACUGCCAUUUUGGAGUUUCAAAUUUGGGACUGCCAUUUUGGAAUUUCAACUUUGGGACCGCUUCUCCACCUAUCUGAAAAACAACGAGAUCCCGGAGCAAUGGAAGGUCUCAAAAACCAUCUUGAUCCCCAAAAAAGGCGACCUAACCGACCUGAACAACUUCCGACCAAUAUCACUAUUAUCGGUCGUCUACAAGUUGUUUACCAAGAUCAUCGUCAACCGCCUAGAGAAGAAGCUCGACGACUUCCAACCACCGUCACAAGCCGGGUUCCGGCGGAACUUCUGCUGCCUAGACCACAUCCACACCUUGACUCAGGUUGUGGAGCGUCAUCGAGAAUACCACCUCCCCCUGGCAUUGGCUUUUGUAGACUACCGGAAAGCCUUUGACAGCGUCGAGAUCAACGCCAUCCUGAACUCGCUCGUCGCCGCAGGAAUCCCCACGAAGUAUAUCGACCUCAUCGAAAAAGUGCAACGAGGGAACGUCGACUACAAUCCAACUGUUCAAUAA